CCGGACAGCGGGCAUCGGGUCACCAGGCAUCAAGUCAUUUGGCUCGACAGCGAGCACCGCGUCAUCUGGCAAGGCAGUGGGCUCCGAGUCAACUGGCAUGACCGCGGGCACCGGGGCAGACAUUGAAUCGUCUGGCUGGACAGCGGCAUCGGGUCACCAGGCAUCAGGUCAUUUGGCUCGACCGCGGGCACCGCGUCAUCUGGCAAGGCAGUGGGCUCCGAGUCAACUGGUAUGACCGCGGGCACUGGGUCAGACAUUGGAUCGUCUGACUGGACAGCGGGCAUCGGGUCACCAGGCAUCAGGUCAUUUGGCUCGACAGCGGGCACCGCGUCAUCUGGCAAGGCAGUGGUCUCCGAGUCAACAGGCACGACAGUGGGCACCGGGUCAUCAGGUACCGGAUUGUCUGGCUCGACAGCGGGCAUCGGGUCAUCAGGCAUCAGGUCAUUUGGCUUGCCAGCGGGCACCGCGUCAUCUGGCAAGGCAGUGGGCACCGAGUCACCAGGU